GUCCCUGCCCUGCCCCCUCCGCGGGGCCUCCCCCGCCCGCGUCGUCCAGCUGGGCCAGUGACGCUGGCGCAGCCACCGCCGCCGCCACCGCCGCGUUCCAUCCUCCGGAGCCGGCCUGCGCUCGCGUCCUCGUCCUCGUCCUCCUCCUCCUCCCUCAGCGCCCCGCCGCGCGAGCCAGACCAGGGCACGCGAGGCGUCGCGGGGGGACCCGACAGGGAGUGCAGGCCGGCGGGCACGCGCAGCGGUGGAGCGGGCUCGGCGACGCGGGAGCUGCUAGCGCCCCCUUUCCCGGAGGUCUCGGCGCCGCUCCCGGGUGAAGCGACUCCUGACUGGCUUUAGGAUUCUUCUGGAUUUUAAAGUCAUUCUUUUUUUAAAAAAAUAAAUAAAUAAAAACCUCCGACGGAUAAAAGAUGUACCAUGGCAGGAUAGCACCAAAGAGCAGCUCAGAGUUUGUUGUGACUUCUGUGGGGCAUGGAGUGUUUCUUCAACUGGUGAUCCUUUGCGCUCUGCUGGGAGAUGGAUUAGCCUCCGGUAAAUGGAUGGAACUAGAAAAUAUCCUGAGUGAGGUAACCCAGACCCAAAAGGACAUGCAUGUGUGUCCUUUGCCCCCAGAGCCAGAGAAUGGUGGUUACAUUUGCCACCCCAGGCCUUGCAAAGACCCCUUGACAGCAGGCAGUGUCAUCGAGUACCUGUGUGCAGAAGGCUACAUGUUGAAGGGUGACUACAAAUACCUGACCUGUAAAAAUGGCGAGUGGACGCCAGCCAUGGAGGUCAGCUGUCAUCUCAUUGAAGACAAAGAAACCCAUGCACUUGGGGUUCCUGCGCUGUCCAUAGUGGCUUCCACUGCCAGCUCUGUGGCACUCAUUCUCCUCCUCGUGGUGCUGUUUGUACUGCUGCAGCCAAAGCUGAAGUCUUUCCAUCAUAGCAGGCGUGAACAGGGGGUUUCUGGGGAUCAAGUCUCCAUCAUGGUGGAUGGUGUCCAGGUUGCACUACCUUCAUAUGAGGAAGCUGUGUAUGGAAGUUCUGGUCACUGCAUGCCACCGGCUGAUCCCAGAGUACAGAUUGUUCUGUCGGAAGGGUCUGCAUCUAGUGGGAGGAACAUGCCAAGGGAGCAGCAGCUGCAAGGCCAGGCAGCCUGCUCUUCUGCAAGUGGAGAGGAUGAGGCCCCAGGCCAUUCUGGGCUGUGUGAAGCCUGGGGUUCCCAGGGCUCAGAGACUGUGAUGGUGCACCAGGCAACCACAUCUUCCUGGGUGGCCGGCUCAGGGAGCAGCCAGCUGACACACAAAGACACUGCAGAUUCAGAGAACAGUGACAUACAAAGCCUUUUAUCCCUCACAUCAGAGGAGUACACAGAUGAUAUCCCACUGUUGAAAGAAGCAUGAGGACUGCCGCCGGCCUCUGUCCUCUCUGCCCGUCCUCUCUCUUCCUGUGGGUUUGAGUACCAUGUCCUCUCUAGCUGCCCCACCUGGACGCCUGAACUGCCACCUGUGUAUCUCUGUGUACCUGAGAGCCUGCAGGCUAUCUUGCUGGAUACUCAAGAAAGAUUCUCACCGUCUGCCCACUGGACAGCUGGAGGACCUGGCCCUUUGCCUGGCCCAGCCUUCCCAUCUGUCAGGGAUAUGUCUGAAUGUGCUGGAUUGAACCUUCCCUUCCCUCAGCCUCUGGGUCCCUUCCAGCCAGCUCUUGGUGGCAGCCCCACAGCCAUGAGGGCCUGAGCAUUGCUGUGUUUACUUGUGCCUUCCCCACCCUGUCCAGGUUCCCUGUUGUGCAGGUGGGUUGCUAUCCACAGGCCUUAGUGGCUACUGCCACCUGUACCCGGGGGCCAGGCCUGAGGCUGCAGAAACAGAUUGAAGAGUAGUAAGGCACUCAAAGCAGGAAUAGCUCAUGCUGGGUCCAGAAUGUGGGUCCUUGAGCUUGCCCUGUGUGUUGACACUGAUGGCAUCUUCCUUAACUGAGGACAGAGGUUUGGGAAGUCAUGCCAAAGCCGCCCAGCACUCAGCUGACCAGCUCUGGUGCAGGUUCCUGGCUCUUUUGAGAGUUUCUAAGAAGCACCCAGAAAACCUGUGGGAAGGAGGAAAGGUGUCAGAUAAUGAUUGUCUUCCUAAUACUCAAGUUCUCACUUCCUGCUUCCAGCACUGGCUGCCUUGGCCUUGGUUUCUGUUCCUGGAUAAGGGGAAGUUGCAUGCUGUUUCCUGGACUUCCGUCCUAGGUAGCUCUGGCUUCCUUGCAGCCCACAGAAUCCUGAGAUUUGCUGAGAAGCCAACAAAAGCUCAUCUGGUUUUUGGCAGUCUGGGCUAGUUGCCCCUUUUUAGGUUUGUGGUGAUGGAGGGGAGGCUGAGAGGUACAGACCAAGUCCCCGGUGGCUGCAGGCAGCUCCAGCCAGAUCCUGAGGAUCCUCCUCACCACGGUCAUGUGCCUUAGUAACUGUGCCCAGGAAGUGGCCUGCUGUGCCGCUGCUCCCACUCUGCUCUCUCCUCCCUGCCUUUCCACACAUCACUGUUGACAAGCCACUCUUUAUCUUCCCUGCCAGCUGAUAGAGAUGGCCCAGAAACCUGAGAUAUAGGUCCUGGGAGUGGGAAAAUACUGGCCUUGAAGAAACGCUCCAGCCAUUUUGCUCGCGCCUCCUAUGGUCCUGUACUGAAUGCUGACAAGUCUGGGUAACUGAGUAACCCUGGGUAACCCUGGUGGGCCAGGCUUCUACCAUCUUGAGAAGACAGAUGUGGCAUCAAAGAAUGUGUGGGUUUUUUUUUUUUCUUCUCAUCCUCCUUCCUUUCUUCCUCCUCCUCUUCCUCUUCUUCCUCCUCCUCUUCCUCUUCCUCAAGCCUCGGGGCUGGGAAACCUCAAGCCUCAAGCCUUGGGGCUCUUUAGAACCAGUCCUGGACUGAACCUGUGAUGAGCCUCUCUGAGGUGGUAAAAUAAUAAAAGCCUAGUAUAUUUAUAGUUCCUGACACAACAGGGUUAGCUCCAGGCUUCUGUGGCCUCAAAAAUAGGGGAAUAACUUCUCCUAGCCAACUGCCUACUGCCUCCAUUCACAAUGCACUUUAGUCCCUAUCAUGCCUGGCUUCCUGCCACCCUCAUUUCCUCUCAGGGUAAGGGCAGUGCCUGCUGUCCCUGCUGGCCACUCCCACACUAACCCAGGAGGCCAGUCCAGUGUGCCCAGUGUCCAGACAAGUAUGGUUGGCUGAGGAAUGAGCCAGAGAAGGUGCUUAGACUAGACGACUGGAACACCCCUAGCAGUUGCUGCCAUAGGCUUACCUGGGGGUGGGUUCCAAGGCCCCAAGCCACCUCACCAUGGCACUUCUUCAGCUUCAAUGGUGUCCACCCUCCUCAAGGGAGAACUGGGCAAGGAAUAGGAGUCUUCUGAAUGGGCCUGCCUCUUUUGCUUACUGCUCUUCUAAAAUCUUGAGUUCUGUUUUAGGAGUUCUGUGUCUUUACCCUGGCCUUUUGCUCCUUACAGAUUGCACUUCUUUUCUUAGGCUUCUUAUUUAGCCUUGUAGGUGACUGGCUUUGGCCUUGGCUAAAAGAACCUUCUGGUGCCUCGUUUUCUCUCAGCAUUCUUUAGCCUGCUCUGGGGAAUCACAGGCCCAGGCUUGCCUAACUGAAGGAUAAAGGGCCAUCCAUGUUUCCCAUCCUCUUGUCACUGGCUUUUAGGUCUGUUCUUGAGGUCUCCCACCUGUUGCUGGCAUCUGUGGCUUCUUCCUACAUUGUUUUCUUUCUUCUACAGCAAUUUCUUAACCAUUAGCCAGCCAUGUGCUAUGGUUUCUAGGGCAUCUGGACUUUGUCCAUUACAGACGGACUGGGGACUUAAUUGCCUUGAAGUGGAGCCUGCUAGAAACAGGGUCAGUGGCAGGUGGCAGGCUGUUGGGCAGGAAGAAGCUUCGAGCAAGUGGGAAGAAACUGAGCAGCCUCCUUUCCUGGGCUCACCUCCAGGGGUAUCCUGAGGCUUGUCCAAAAGAGGCAGGCAGCACCAAAGGACUUUACAGAGGGCUUUUUGGUUGGGAGAUGUUCUUGCUUUUUCAUACUUACACUGAUUCAAUGCAGGUUUUAUAUCCUGGUGACUUGCUAUCACGUGCUAUCAGUUUUCAAGGGCCAGAAUGGUGAAAUAAAUAAAUAGAAAAUUCCGUCCUUCCAUGCCUUAGUUUAACAGGUAGGCUCUACCUGCCCAGUUCUGUGUUUGUGUGAAAACUGUGUGAGAACUGUGAAAUGGGCAGAGUCCUGACCACUUUGUGGGUUCAUUUGGUUUUAUAAGGCAUUUCAAUGUACAUUCUUCAAGCACUCCAUUUGCAAAGAAAACUUAAAGUCAUACCGGCUUCCCCAUUCAUCCUGCCCUCCUCCCUGCACCCCCAGCUUUAUAGUUCUGUAAAGAAGCCAGGCUACAGGACAGACAAAGGUAUAUUUUUCCUGCUUUGAGAGUGGCCAAGUGGGGAUAGACGGCAGUUGGCCUUUUUCCUCCCAGUCCUAUUGGAGCUCUUGAGUCACUUGGCUUCCUGCAUAACAGUUCCCCUCUGUUCUGAGGAACAUUCUAGCAUAGAAAAUGGAAUAUGCUGCAAACAUUUCCAGAUCCUUUCUCCCUUCCCCCAAAGAACAAAGAGGCAAGAAGGGACACACAGCAUGCCUACCACACGGCUUAAUUCCAGGUAUGCUUGCGCCUGACAGUACAGCUAGAGCCUCCUCUGUGGGGCCUGUUGGGUCUUCUGCAGCCUUAGAGAAUAUUUUACUUGGCAUUUUACUAGGCAGUUGAAAACCUAGUAGAGUUUGAACAAAGCGCACCCCACCCCACCCCACCCUGCCUUCUCCCAGCAGCAGAGCUCACCGUGGGGGAUGCAGAGUAGAGCACUUGGAUUGCCAAGUAGGGAGAGGAAGUAGUUGAGGGUUGCAUGGCUGUAUCCACACUGGCCUGGCUUCUUAAGGCUGUGCACCACUAUGGGAUCCUUUGCAGAAUGGUACUCAUAUAAUGGUUUAAAACAACACAUGCUUAAUUGACUGUGCAGGAUGUCAAUCAAUCUGGGUUUGCUUUAUUUUAUUUUAUAUAUAUAUUUUUUGGUAUCCUGUACAUUGCAGUGGGUAUGAAGAUAGUAUUUUAAUAUUUGUACAAAGUUUAAUUUAAUUUUAAUUGUUCUAUGUAUAUAACUGCAUUUCUAAAUAAUAAUAAAAAUUCUUAUGAAGGCA